AUGAAUAAAAAGUAUGUUGCGUCCUCAAAUAACCAUGAUAGCAAAAAAGAUAAGAAGAACAACGCAGAUAAGAAUAAAAACAAAAAGAACACAACUACCAGUGAGGAAAACAAAGAUUCAAAUAACAAUGCUGUAAAUAAUGAUAGUAAAAAAAAUGAUUCUUCAAAAAAUAAGUACAACAUAGUUAAGGCUAAUAUUAAGAAUAUAUUUGUGUCUGAUAAAACAAAAGAAAAAAGUGAUAAAAAUGAAAAAAACGAAUCUUCAAAAAGUACUAAGAAUGCAGAAACAUAUAGUAAUGUAAAUGACAAAAAAUCCAACGAACUUAGUACUAAAGGUUCGAAUGAUAAAAAAAAGAAACAAAAAGAUAGCAAAAAAGAUAACAAAAAAGAUAGCAAAAAAAAUAGUAGUAAUAAUAAUAAUACAGUUGUAGAUAUAUCAGAUGAGGAUUAUACUAAUGAUGAAGGAGAAAUAAAUAAACCAAAGAAAAACUGGAAAGGUAGAACAUUUAGUCGAUUUACACCUGGUGGUGUUAGAUCUAGUACUGUACUUUUUAUAUGUACAGCUAUUGGUGUGGGAUUUUUAUCAAUACCUUAUGUUUUUUCUAAAUUAGGUAUUAUACUUAGUAUUAUAUUAAUAAUAUUGAAUGCUCUUGAAUCAUAUGUUACUACAAAUAUAUUAUGUACUUCUUCUUUAGAACAUAAUACAUUUGUAUAUGGUAAUUUAUUAAAAAAAAUAGGAAAUAAAUAUGAUAAAACUAUAAUAGAUUUUGGAUUAUCCUUUGGUUUUAUAUCAAGUUAUAUUUUAAUAUUAAUAUUAAUCAGUAAUUUUUUAAGUACUAUCUUUUAUGUAUUUAAUUUCCCCACUUUAUUUACAAAUAAUAUAUUCUUAGUAAUAUUAAUAUGUCUACUAAUUUUGCCAAUCACAUUUAGAAAUAAAGUUGGAUCAUUAAACCAUUUCUUAAUUUUUUCAUUAUUCUCUUUAUCUAUAACUGUAUUAACAAUAGGACUACAAACAAAAUCAUAUAAUAACUUAUUAAUUAAUAGAGAAGUAAAUUUAUUUACUAUGGACAAACACUUUUUCAAAUGCUUCAAUAUAUUGUUAUUUUCAUUCUCUCAACAACCAAAUGCAUGUUUUAUUACUGGGCAAUUCAAUCAACCUACACAUAGAAGAUUAAAUAAAUCAACCUUUAGAAGUGUAAUGUUACAAGUUAUAUUCUAUACACUAUUUGGUGUUUUAGGAUAUUUCUCAUUUUUAAAUACAGCAAAAGAUAAUAUUGUUCUAAAUUAUGAAAAUAGUAAUGUCUCUAUACUUUUAUGUAAAUUUCUUUUAUCAUUGACCUUCUUCUUCUCUGUCCCAUUAAAUUUUAUGGGAUCUUAUCAAAGUAUGCUAGCUCUUGGAAUAACAACAAGAGAUGCCUUAUAUAAAUUAUAUACUUAUAUAUUUAGAAGAACUGGAUAUUCAGCCAAUUUGUCUUUACUAUUAUCUGAAUAUACACAAGAUCCGUACCAAGAAACACAUGCAGAUAAUAUUACAGAACAUUCAAGUGUUAGCGAAUCACAGGAAGAUGAUCAAAAUCAAAGAAUGUGGGUAUCUAUAAUUGUCACCAUUUUUUGUGCCCUAAUUGCAUGCAAGGUUAAAAAAUUAUCGAAUGUUAUAGGUAUAGGGGGAGGUAUUACAUCAACUCUAAUUUCAUGCCUAUUGCCAAAUAUAAUAUAUUAUAAAAACAGACACAAUGUAUCAAAUAAGCUCAAGAGAUAUUCAACUUUGUUCAUGCUUUGUUUCUUCUCAUUUAUGGGAUUUUUAUCCGUUGUAGUUACAACCUUAAAUUUAAUUUUAUAA